ACGACAGUCGGUCAAAGUGUAGGCCAUGUCCCCAGAACGACAGCGACAGCUGUGGCGCCAUCCAGUCCGAUCUUCUCCUUGCAUUUCACUCCUCGAUCUCGAUCCCUGAGAACGAGUGAUGAUGGCGGGCGCAGUAGAACGCCACUGCUGUGUGUUUACCAAAGCAAAGCAGUGAUAGGUUACAAGGUGGUGGUCACCACUCAACCGGUCCUCACAGUCCUUGCCUUGCCGUGGCGUCCGUCGUCCCCCCACGUUUGUACAUAUAUAUGCCCAUGUCAUCGUCGUCUCCUUCCUCUGCUCCGAUCCCCUUUGCAACCUUCCUCGUCAUAGGCCAGGCAACUGCGGCCCUGCUUGCUUCGCUUGUGCUCCUGCGCCACCGUCACUGCUCAUCUCCUCCAUAGCCAUAGCUUUUAGACUAGGUUUUAGAUUCUGGAAGAAGAACCUAUACACGAGACAGAAGCUAGCUAGCUAGCUUAUUUCUGUUUCUUCAGUAACCUCUCGGUCUAGCAACCAGCAAGCUUCCCAUUGCCCUCGAUCGAUCCGCCCCAAACAUCCAUCCAUCCAUCCACCCUUCUUCAUUCCUGGCUGUAAGAAGAGAUGGUCUCAUGGCCGUGAGCUCACCUCGCCGAGCGCUCAUCGCGGCCGUGUCCCUCUGCUUCCUUCUCGGCGCUGCGAGCAGCGUCCGCACCGCGACGUUUUCCCCUUCUCAGCAGAACCUGGCGGAGGACAAGUCGCGGCUGGGGUCGACGCCGCCGAGCUGCCGCAACCGGUGCAGCGCCUGCAACCCCUGCAUGCCCGUCCAGGUGACCACCGUGCCCGGGCUCGGCCGCGGCGCCCGCGCCACCGACGUCGACGACGACACGGUGGCGGUGGCGGCCGGCUUCUCGCGCUACUCCAACUACAAGCCGCUGGGGUGGAAAUGCCGCUGCGACGGCCGCCUGUACGACCCCUGACGCGCUGCUGCUUUUGCUUCGGCGCCGUGCCAACCCCGGUGCGCGCAUGCACUCCGCUCCGGACUCCGGUCGGCGGGAGAGACUCACUACUGGAGACCAGCCAGCCAGCCAGGUUCUCCGUCUCGCGUCUGUCGUGUGUUCUUCGGAACCCAUGGCGGCUUGCUUCAUCACAAGCUUAUUUAUUAGCGCUACUGUCUCUACUAGUUCGAGCUUGCCGUUGCAGCCAUUGCAACUCGCGUAGCCGUAGGCCCGUAGCCAUUUUUUUGGCUCCCUGCUCAAACAAAUUUUACUCGCGUGUCGGUGUGUAAAAACUAAAGACUACUAAAGAGUGGUUGUGAGCAGUAAAUCCUAGCUAGUACCACUCCAAGUCUUGCCCAGUGGUCUGGUAGUACGUCUUAAUUAACAGAUCGAAGGCAGGCAUGUGACUCGCCUGACGGACGGCUCUGGUAGCCCGAAUCUACCGCUGGAUCGCAGUGCCGCCGACCCACCGGCGGGCUGGAUGCGUCUGCGUUGGAACCUUGCGUGACGUGUGGCACCACCGCCACCGGGAGAGCCUGGUGAUGAUGCGAUUUUUAAGCUGACACUGCCGCUGCUGCGGAGUUAUUGUGGCCAUGGCCGCCUUUGUACGGCUCUGAUGCCUCCCCAUGUGUUUUGUUUAGUGAGGUGUCUCCCCCGCGCCCACCCGUCCGUAUGGGACUGGGAGGGGCGCUUUGGAGGCAGCUGAAUGGGCGUGUUGCUCUUGUCGGGCUCAGCUCUGGUGGGGACGACGACGAUGCAGGUUUCCAACUUUAUUAUUAUGAAUGAGGACGAGAAUGCGAGAAAAAAAAAACAGUACUUACUGGUCCACACCUCCUAUACUUAUAUUCAAAAACUUUCAUUGGCACGUAAUGAUUUUCAUGGAAGCGGGUUGCUAUGAUUGGAGAUGAGAUCUGUCCGUUUUUCUUGUGAGGGAAUGAAUGUUUGAUUGUUUGUUCUGUGGGGACACGUUUGUCGAGACCGUGAAAAUCGGUCCUUGCACAAACUGGAAGGAAUUGUUGUGCAAAGUUUGGCGUCCGAGUUACUACUACUGCUACAUUACUAGUUCUACCAAACAAACAUUAAGUUAUUGGGCCGAUUUACAUGGGCUUCUACAAUCUUAGUGCCGGGAAUCUGCGGCACGAGCCCACCUGUUUUUCGGCCCGUCAAUUUUGCAGCUGCCGCUCAUCCCAUCCGGGCUCACGGCCCUGAACGUAUGUCGGCUUGGGUCCUUCCAGAGCCCACGCUCCACACCUUUCUGUGCCACUACGGUUGAUCAGCCACUCAUGCCAUUGUUCUGUGCCACUACGGUUGAUCACCAACUAGGACAUUGUACUGGAGAUUGACAAGGUGGCACGGCUCAUAAAAGAAGCCAUGGACGGUGAGAAAGGCCAAGGCAUGAAGGCGAAAGCAACAGUGCGGAAGGAGAAUGCCGUGGCGGCAGCAGAAGGCGGCGGGACCUCGAGCGUUUGGUCGAGUUCGUGCUCCAAGCAAAUGUUCCUACAGCCGCAAGCUAAUAGUUUGAACACUAACGAGCAUAUGGAAACCAAAGUGUAAUGUCACUAGAAAAUUUGUACUCCCUCUAUUCUUUUUUAUUUAUCGCGUUUUAGUUUUAAAAUAAACUAACUGGUGACAAAUAUUCAAAUAUUCGAGAACAGAGUAGUAUUAUGUAAGUAUAAGUACUGAAUUUCUUUGUUUCGUGACGGUCAGUUUCACAUUAGAAAUUAUGGUGUGACAUGAACAUGUCCAUUUCAGAA